AUGGCGAGCAAUCGUUUGAAUGUAAAUACUGUACUUCGUUUUAGUUCGUGGAGUGAACUUUUUAAAUAAAAUAAUAUGGGUCCUCCACUGGAAACAGAAAAUAUUGAUAAUAAGGAAAAAUCCAACACAAUUAUUUUUGACAUCUCAAAAAAUGAAUUAUUUAGUUUAAAUGAGGGUUAUAGGACAUUAAAUAGAAGAUUAAAGAAUAAUUGGAAAGUGUUUAGUAAUAAAGAAGAAAUAUCAAUGCAAGUAUUAUUGCAAACGGCAGUAUUUGUUUUACCAGGACCACGUGAAAAAUUUACAGAAAUUGAGUUUAACAACUUAAGGAAAUUUCUGGACUCAGGUGGAAGUUUAUUUGUAUUAAUGGGAGAAGGAGGAGAGAAAAAAUUUCAGACUAAUAUAAAUUUUCUUUUAGAAGAAUAUGGAAUAAUGGUGAAUAAUGAUUCUGUUGUAAGAACUGUCUACUAUAAAUAUUUUCAUCCAAAAGAAGCUCUUGUUUCAAAUGGAGUGUUAAAUAGAGCAAUUAGUCAAGCAGCUGGAAAAAUUUUACCAGGCCAAGGAUUGGAAGAUGCAAAUAAUACACAGGCCUUAUCAUUUUUAUAUCCAUAUGGAGCAACUUUAAAUGUUGCCAAACCUGCAGUUGCUGUUCUUUCAUCAGGAAGUGUAGCAUUUCCAUUAAACAGACCAGUUUGUGCCUUAUAUGUCAAUCCAAAAACUGAUGGAAAAAUAGCUGUAUUAGGUUCAUCACAUAUGUUUUCAGAUCAAUAUAUUGAUAAGGAAGAAAAUAAUAAAAUAAAGAUAUCAGACUAUUAUACAAUACCAUCUAUCAGUAAAUUGUCAGAACAGCCUUUUAGUUGUUUACAGGAAAGUGAAGAAGUUCCAACAGAUUAUACCAAAUUGUUUGAUACAGCUCUCUUUCAAUUAGAUAAUAGAGUAUUACCAAAAGUGAUCAAAGCAUAUGAAGAAUUAAAUAUGAAACAUGAACCUCUACGUUUAAUUACACCACAGUUUGAAACUCCAUUGCCAGCUUUACAACCAGCUGUAUUUCCUCCAUCUUUUAGAGAGUUACCGAAACCAAGUUUGGAAUUGUUUGAUCUAGAUGAAGCAUUUAGUUCUGAAAAAGCUCGAAUUGCUCAGCUAACCAACAAAUGCACUGAUAAUGACUUGGAAUAUUAUGUAAGAGAAUGUGGUGAAAUAAUGGGAAUCACCAAUAAGUUACCAACAGGCCGGCGAAAUGCCAAGCACAUCCUAGAGUAUAUAUUUACUCAAGUGGUUGAAUUCAAAAAGAUAAAUCAGGGUCAGGAUAUAGAACCAGAUUUAAUUAAUCCAUGAGUGUGCUGACUGAAGAUUCAAUGCAUGUUUUUUAUUCAUACUUUAGUUAAUAUAUUUGUAUAUACAUGUGUACACAUACACACAACACACACAGAUCAUCA